AUGUGAAAAACAAUUGACUGUCGCUUAUGGCCACAGUAGUAGUGAUAGUGAUUUUAUAUGCUUUCUUUCACUGUUCUCUUUUUUAACAUGUAAAAUUAUUUGCAAUUUUAUUUUUCUGUUAAAUGUGAGUUGCUGUUUUUUUUUUCAUUAUUCCAAUCGAAAUGCCACGUUGUUUAAUAAAAUGUCUAUUACGUUAUAAUCGAAUCAACAAAAAUGAAGAAGAUUUAAAUUCGAGUAUCGCGUGGAUUGCGCCUGUGACGAGUACAAGAAAAAAGAAAAUAAUCAAAAAUAAUAAUUACAAAAAAUUUCCAACUCUAUGGAAUUGUUCGAAAUUGUCAAUUGUUACAAGAUAUGGAUUCAAAGACAAUGAUGAAAUGCUUUGCAAUUCAGAAGUUCCCGAGGAGCUUGGAUUGUGUCUUAUUGCUAAACAAGACGAGAAUAAUUUCGAAUCAACAAUUUCUCUAUCUGAUGAUGAUAAUGAUAAUGAUAAUGACGAUAAUUCCAAUCCAAGUGAUCCUGAAAUUUCCGACGAGUCUCAAAACGAUCUCGAAAUAACAGACGAAUCAUCGCCAAAUGAUCCUGACGAUAUAUCGGAUGACUCGCAAAAUGAUUCAAAUUCAUCAAAUUCAUCUGAAUCUCCAAAUGUCGUGACACAAAAUAAUUUUGAAAUUUAUUGUGAUAAAUUUGAGACUGAGAAAAAAAAUUCCCAUGAAUUAUUAUUUAAUAAUAAUAAUAAUAAUAAUAUUAUUAUUAAUUAUCCAUCGGAUAAAAUUAUUGAAAGAGAAAAAAUUUCCACUAUUUUGGAAAUGAAAAAAAAACAACAAAAUGAAUCGGAGAUAUCGAUGAAUGUUUUACAAUUACAAGAUUAUGAUGAAUUAAUUGAAAUUUCUGAAAAUUGUAAUGAAAUUCAAAUUGAAGAAACAUUAUCAUUAGAUAGUCAAUGUUUACAGUCAAAGGAAAAAUUAAUGGAAAAAACGACAAUAAUUAAUGAAAGUGAUCAGUCAAAUUGGAAACGAAAUAAAGUUAUGCAUUGUUGUCCAUUUUGUAAUAAAAGUUUCGAUCGUCCUUGGGUAUUAAAAGGACAUUUGCGACUUCACACUGGUGAACGACCAUUUGAAUGUCCCGUUUGCAAUAAAUCAUUUGCUGAUCGAUCAAAUCUGAGAGCCCAUCAAAGAACAAGAAAUCAUCAUCAAUGGGAAUGGAAAUGUGGAAUUUGUUUAAAAGCAUUUUCUCAACGUCGUUAUUUAGAACGUCAUUGUCCAGAAGCAUGUCGUAAAUAUAAAAUAUCCCAAAAACGAAAUAAUCAGUAAUAUAUUAUGUUUAUUAAAAAUUAAAUUUGUAAAACAUUAAUUUUUUGUUGUAUAGCGAUUUAUCAAAGACGAUUCCUGCAAAUGUAUAAUAUGAUUUUAAAUAUUAUUUUUAUCUUCCCUCUACUUAUUUACUAUUAUUAUUAUUAUUAUUAUUAUUGUUAUUCUUAUUAAUUAAAAAUUAAAAUUCAAAAUAGCAAUUUUAAGAGAAAAAAAUUCAUUUUUAUUUAAAUAAAUAUGAUAUAAAUCAUUAUAUAAGUAAAAAAAAAAAUUUUAUCUUAUAAAAAAAUUUGAUAAGUCAUUCAUGUAAAUAAAUAUUACAAAAUUCGUA